AUGUGGCCAACACUGUUUCCGAUGUGCAACAAUGUGCAGUUACUGGCAGUUACGUGACCAUGUUUGUUGUUUGAAACCAGUUAAGACCGUAAACAAAUUUGCAAUUUAUGACGAUAAACUUGUUCGAACGCAACAUCGGAGAACACAAGACUGAACAAACAAUUAAAUGUAAUAAAUCUGUGAGACACAUGCAUCGGUCUUACCUGGUUUCAGUCAAAAAGUCGGAGCAACGAACUUGAAAAAGACGUUAGAGGAUCAGCAGUAGUUAGAAUUAUACCGGGAUGGAGCAAUUGAAGUGGUCAACGCCGAUUAAAAGUGACAGCGAGAAUGAAAAUGUGUUGAUUAAAAGCCCUGUGAUAUUUAAGACUCCCGUGAGGCACUGUGAUAGAAACGAAAAGCACGCGACUCAUCGAAACAGCAAGUGUGGCUUCAGCGUCCUUCCGAGUCACCUUACACCUCCGUCAGGUUUAACUAAGUUCAUAGCAAGGAACCCCUUCGAGACCGAUUUAACUAGCAGACUGCAUUUGUCCGUGAUCAGUCCGACUGUCUUCAACAAGGUUUCUAGUCCGUCUCAACAUUCUCCGGACUUUGCGUGGAGCGUAGACGAGCUGGCAGUGAUACAACCAGCGAAAAUAGACGAGUUCCCCGUACAACAAAUAUAUUGUACAGAUCCGGAACAUGAAAUUAAAGCUCAGGCAGCGAUCAAUCAAUUUUUUACUAUGAACGAAAUAAUUCCGAGUCCAUGGGAAUUGAAAAGGAAAGAUAGUAGAACGAAACUUAUGGACUCUCCGUUACGAAUCUUCUCUGAUUCGAAUUCGGAAUCCUCCAAGUCUAAGAAAGAUGGCUGGAGUCAAACAGUAUUAACGCUUCCGUCCGAACUGCCGUCGGAUGUCAUGGAAGUUUUGAAACCUUAUUUUACGUUCACUCAAGAACAGAACGUUGAUACCGACGACGCGAAUUCAAGUAACAGUUCCUUGAGGCGAAAAUUGUUUUUCAACAACGAGGACUGCGUAGACAACGAGGGAGACUCCUCGAGUUGUUUAUCGCCAAUAGAGAUAAACGAAUCUCUGUUACGAUCUUCUAAUCCUCCUCAGAGCGGAAUGUUGGCUCAUGGCCCGCCGUUCAAGCGUUCGUCGACCAGUAAUUACGAUCACGAUCACCCGUCCCCAAUCACUACAGGCAGUUUAUCGUCUCCGAACAUAUCUCCCAUACAAAGUACAAUAAACAUGUCGUGCGAAAGCGUGAGAUCGCGGUCUCGAUCGGUCGUUCGGUUAGACUUUACCGCUGACAUGAGCGUAGAUCGGUCUAGCGUAAAGUACAAAAAAUUAAACCAUCGUCGUUCCUCAGACGUGUUUCUCGAUAAAGUAGACGUACAGGCAACGGAAAAGAAGACCGACGACUAUUUGAACACGGAAGACGCUUCCAUGUGCACGCAAGUCGAGGAUACAGAAGUAGUGGCCAACGACUCAGUUCGCGUGGAACGCAACUUCGAGAUCCCGACUUCGGAGAUUAAUUUAAAAUAUAAUGCGAACGCGUUCACACCUGUUACGAACACGUUCGAAAGUUACGUGCUUCAGCAAACGAACGGGACUUUAGGCAUCUCCGAUCGGCAAAGCGUCUCAAAUUGCGCACAAGAUACCGGCUAUCAAACUUACAGUAUGAGCAACGUCACUGACAACACUCCGACGAAGCAAAAGUCCUGCUGGGGCGAUCGAGUUUUAGUGACAGACGACGAAUUUCGGUUGUCCGAAUGGAAGGAAAAUAUGAAAAAUAUAUUCAGUUCUACUCCCUCGCGGUCUAACAGAGAUCGUUUAUUUUAGACAAUCUUUUUGUAUGGUCGAUGUCCCCUAUUUUAACCGAUGGAACAAGCAGAGCUGAAUUUUAUAACUAAGGUAGACCAAUGCUGCUCGUAAUUUUGUCGCGUCAGGACAUGUUUUGUUUUUAGUUGAAAUUUAUACUCGUAGAUUUUAACAUUUGUAUACGUAUAUAUACACACACACACACACACACACACACACACAAUGGCGCGAUCCUCCUUUUAAGAAAUCUACGAUAUUUUUUUAUGGUAAGUAAUCGCGGAGACGCUCGUUUAUAAUAAUGAACACUGUAAUGCGAGUUUGAGCGUUUCAUUGCGACGCGAAUGAAAUGAUAUUUCAUGAUUCUAAAUGGACUUCUGUGAGACGAUUGAAUUUUAUUGAAUCGCAUACAUUCACAAGCGAUGCAAUUUCUAUUCGAUGUAAGAGCAACCACGAGUUCAGAACAAUUGUACGCAGCAAGUGAAUAUAUACUUAUGUCGUCCGUGAAAAUAAAACGUAUAUACGUCUAUCUAUA